UUAUGAAGCAAUCAAUUUGGACAAGAAUUCAUCGAAGGUGCGGAAAUUCGCCAGGUGAGAUGAUCUCCUGUCGCAAAAGGAACAAGUUCUCAUUGUUCUUACGAUUUGAAAGGCGUCUCUAAUAAGUUAUGACUUCGGCACGCAUUGUUCGAUCGCCUCUGGUAAAUAUCAAUGAUAUAAUGGCAAACCAAAAUCAAUAUCUAAACAAUUAAACGGAAAUUUGCAUCCGUAUACGUUCUUUUAAGCCAGUUUUAUUGCUCCACUUUUGAGAUUCUUGGCACUACGGCUAUAUAAGAACCUCGUAACCGGCGACAGAUCAUCACAAAUUAUCCAGUCCUCAAGCUAAACUUGCUCAGAAAAGUUCAGAACAAAGUUCGGAAACAUGAAGUUCUUCAUCGCCGCCUUCCUGAUCGCCGCCUGCGUGGCCCUCGUCCAGAGCAGCGUCAUCUACUCGCCGGUGUCCUCGGUUCCGGUGGUCCGCUCCGUGCCCGUGGUGCGCUCUGUGCCGGUGGUGCGCAGUGUGCCGGUGGUGCGCUCUGUGCCGGUGGUGCGCAAUGUGCCGGUGGUGCGCCGUGUGAAAGUGGUCGAGUCCGUUCCAGUGGUGCCGUCCGUGGUGCGCGUUGGACAGGCCGCCUCCGUCUACGAUGCUCCACUGGUGCAAUCCUACGGUGGAUGGUUGAAGCAGAAGUAGAUGGAUCCAUUUCAGGCGAAAUAAUCAAUCGAUGCGAAAUAAACUCUGAAUUGAACGAAUAAAUACACUAUCCAAGCGCAAA